ACAGAAGAGAGGGAACAGGAUAGAAUACAGAAGCAUUAAUAUUAGGGACUCACUCUCUUCAAGUCUCUUUCCUCUGACUACGAGGUUUUUUUUUUAGACGAAGCGAUCUCGGUGGCUACAAGAAAGUUUGAUCUCUUCGUCAUGACUGCUUCUGUUGCAAAUACGUUAAUAACCGUUGAUCCCCAAGAGCUCAGGUUCCAAUUUGAGCUGGAGAAGCAAACAUUUUGUGAUCUUAAAGUUCUGAAUAACACACAGCACUGCGUUGCUUUUAAGGUGAAAACCACUUCACCUAAGAAGUACUUUGUACGACCUAACACUGGUGUUGUACAUCCAUGGGACUCAUGUAUCAUCAGAGUCACCCUCCAAGCCCAACAAGAAUUUACUUCAGACAUGCAACGCAAAGAUAAGUUUCUCUUACAGAGUACAAUAGUAAAUCCAAACACUGAUGUUGAUGAGCUUCCGCCAGAUACUUUUAAUAAGGAUAGUGGAAAGUCAAUAGAGGAUUUGAAACUAAGUGUCGUAUAUAUCUCUCCAACUUCACCCCAAGAAAUCACAGAAGAUGAUACAGAGAAGAACUCCACACAAAAACUUGAUACCUAUUCUAGUCAAACCUUGCAGCGAUUGAUGGAGGAGAGAGAUGCCACUGUCAUACAAACGCGGCAGCUGCAACAAGAGCUGGACAUGCUGAAAAGGAGAAGAAAUCGUAGAAGCGAUUCUGGCUUUUCCUUCAACUUUGUCAUGUUUGUGGGUAUAAUUGGAUUCUUGGUUGGCUUGCUUUUGAAACUUUCAUUGUCUUCUCCACCUACAGAAUGAUUUCAUACAAUUCAGAACCUUUGCAU